GAGAUAUACUAUAUUGUCCCAGCAACCACAAACAUGGCAGUUCAGCUUGAUGUGAACCCGGGAUUGCGAGGUAUGCCCACGGGCCUUCCGCGCCUCGUCCCCGUCGACCGCAGCCUUUUCCCCGACGGACUCCGCACCAGUGGCCAGCAUCCCCCCAUUCCCAGCCAGCUGCGUUCCUUCGAGGACUACCCAUUGCAUAAAGUCGCCCUGCUGUCCUAUGUUCUUGUCCCUAGCCACCCCGUUCGUCUAUCGCUGAUGAGCAGUGAGACAGUGAUUUUAUUAUAUCUAUUAUAAGUUCUCUCAGACGUGUACUUUGUCUUCUUUUUCAAAUUAAAGAAUUGGAAUAACAUAGAGCGUUAAAAAGAAUGUCUAACGCUGGCGCACUCCCACCUCCCCCCGAUGGUGGAUUUCACGCUUGGGCCCAAGUGGUCUCCGGCCACUUGGUGGUUGCGGUGACAUGGGGCUAUGCAGCCAGCUUCAGCGUCUUCCAAGACCAUUAUGAUGUCGCUCUACCGCAAACCUCGUCCGAUAUAUCGUGGAUCGGUGGCUUCCAGGUCUUCUGUCUCCUGUUCAUUUCCCCUCUCUCCGGGCGCGCGACCGAUGCUGGACAAGCUCGGCUUGUCGUCAGCAUUGGUGCAUUUUUGUUAUUACUUGGAACUUUCAUGACUAGCCUAGCGACAGUCUACUGGCAGUUAUUUCUCUCCCAGGGGCUCUGCAUUGGUAUCGGUCAGGGUCUUAUGUGGUUGCCUAGUGUGACACUCCUGUCCACGUACUUUGUUCGACGCCGUGUGUUCGCCGUCACGGCAGCUGCCACCGGAACCAGUACCGGUGGGAUUAUCUUCCCAGCCAUAAUUCAGUUCCUGUCUCCAAGAAUUGGCUUUCCAUGGGCUGUACGGUGCAUGGGUUUAGUCGUCUUUGUCAUGCUCCUGGUUAUACUUGCCCUACUACGUCCUCGACUGCCGCCACGCAAGUCGGGUCCCUUGGUUGAAUGGGGAGCAUUCACCGAGCCAGCCUAUAUGCUUUUCACUCUCGGGGUCUUUCUCCUCUACUGGACCCUCUACUUUGCGUUCUUUUAUAUUCAAGUGUACGCGACCGACACUCUAGGUCUUUCUGCCCGCGCAGGUGUCAACCUAGUCAUCGUGAUCAAUGCAUGCGGGAUUCCAAUCCGUGCGCCCUGUGGAUAUCUCGCGGAUAGGUACAUAGGGCCGCUGAACUGCUUGAUUCCGUGGGUCGGCAUAUGUGGGGUUUUGAUGUUCUGUUGGGCGGGCGUCCACAAUGUGGCUGGCUUGUAUAUCUUCGCGGUGUUCUAUGGUCUUGCUUCCGCGGCUGCCAUGGGUCUGUUUGCUGGUACGGUGCCAUCUUUGACGAAGGACCUGGAUAAGAUCGGCACUCGGGUUGGGAUGGCACUUGCCAUGAUGAGCUUUGGUCCCCUGACGGGACCUUCGGUAGCGGGGGCUUUGAUUGCGCGGUCUGGAGAUGACAGUUAUUUACCCGCACAACUCUGGGCCGGGGCUGCUCUGAUGGUUGGGUCGUUGUCCUUGAUAGGGGCCCGUCUAAUUAUCGCCGGUCCUCACCUCCCAGUCAAGGUUUGAAAGUCUGUGAUGCAUUCCAGUGAUGUGUUGAUUUGGCUUUUCCUUUGUAUCGUGCUAUCUUAGCUACACCUCCUUCCGUGACCCCUAUUGCCUGUUGCGAAAGUCUCGGCGGUUCUUCGAGCCGAAACUGCAGUACAUGUCUACUGAUUAGAUAGUAGGCUGCUAUUCUGAUAUCAACACAUCUAGUUCCCAUUUGGGGUCACGAUCACAACC